CUUCCUUCGAGUCUGUUCACUCAGAGGCUCCGGAGAACUGGGUCGGCGCCCCGUAAGGCAAGGUAGACGUUCUCCCGGCUGCAGAGACGCGGCUCUGAGCCUCGGAGGCGGCGGCCUCGGGGUGACCCGCAACGGCCUGGGAUCGAGAUCUCCGCGCCCCACAGCUGCGCUCCGCCUACAGAGUCCGAUGGCGGCGGCCGCGCGUAGGGACCCGGCUGAGGAUGUGAACUUUGAGGAUGUGGCCAUUGACUUCUCCCAGGAGGAAUGGGGGCUCCUUGAUGAGACUCAGAGACUCCUGUACUGCGACGUGAUGCUGGAGACCUUUGCACUUGUAGCAUCUCUGGACCUUCACCAGCAACAGAGGCAUGGCAGUGAGGAGAAGCCCUGGAAAAGGGAUGGGGACAGAGCCUCGUGUUUGAAGAGCUGCAACAUCUUUGUGUCAGGACAGCCUUUCACCUGUAGGAAGGUUGGUGAGGACUUCCCAGCCACCUCGGGACUUCUGCAGCACCAGACCACUCCCAACAGUGAGGAGCCACACAGGGGCAACCAGAGUGGGCAGGCCUUUCACAGUGGAAAAAGUCACUACAGCUGUUGUGAAUGUGAAAAGGCUGUCCGCCACAACCAUGCACUGGAUCAGCAUCAGAGUGUCUGCUCUGGAGAAGGGCUGUAUGAGUGUGGCAGAUGUGGGAAAACCUUCAGCUGCAACUACAGAUUGGUGCGGCACCAACAAAUUGACAGUGGACAAAGGCCAUAUGAGUGUGGUGAAUGUGGGAAAUGCUUUAGCCAGACUUCUGACCUCAUUAAAGACUGGAGAAUUCACAGUGGUACAAAGCCUUAUGGAUGCAGAGAAUGUGGACAACUAAUUACCCAUAGCUUCAGUCUCAGAAAACACUGGAGAAUUCACACUGGAGAAAGGACUUAUGAAUGCAGUGAAUGUGGAAAAGUCUUUAUCCACAAAUCCAAACUCAUUCACCACCAGAGACUACACACUAGAGGAAUACAUUAUGGGUGUGGUGAAUGUGGGAAAUCGUUUAGUUACAAAUCCAACUUCAUCGAGCACCAUAGAGUUCACACUAGAGAAAGGCCUUAUAAAUGCAGCGAAUGUGGGAAAUCCUUUAGACAAAGCUCUAGCCUUUUCCGACACCAGAGAGUUCACACUGGAGAAAAGCCAUAUAAUUGCAGCAAAUGCGGGAAAUCCUUUAGACAAAUCUUUAACCUCAUUCGGCAUGGGAGAGUUCACACUAGAGAAAUGGCUUAUGAGUGUAGUGACUGUGGGAAAUCUUUUAGCUGCAAAUCUGAACUCGUUCAACAUCAGAGAAUUCACAGUGGAGAAAGACCUUAUGAGUGCAGUGAAUGUGGGAAGUCCUUUAGACAGUUUUCUAACCUCAUUCGCCACCGGAGUGUUCAUACCGGAGAAAGGCCUUAUGGGUGCAGUGUUUGUGGGAAAUACUUUAGCCGCAAAUUUAUCCUUAUUCAACAUCAGAGAGUUCACACUGGAGAAAGACCUUAUGAGUGCAGUGAAUGUGGAAAAUCCUUUACCCGCAAAUCUGACCUCAUUCAACAUCAGAGGAUUCAUACUGGCACAAGACCUUACGAGUGCAAUGAAUGUGAGAAAUCUUUUAGGCAACGCUCUGGUCUUAUUCAACACCGGAGAGUUCAUUCUGGAGAAAAGCCAUAUGAGUGUGGGGAAUGUGGGAAAUCCUUUAGCCAAAGUGCAAGCCUUAUUCAGCACCAGAGAGUUCACACUGGAGAGAAGCCUUAUGUGUGUAUCGAAUGUGGGAAAACCUUUAGCCAAAGCUCUAGCCUCAUUCAACACCAGAGAGGUCACACUGGUGAAAGGCCUUAUGAGUGCAAUGAAUGUAGGAAACCCUUUACCCACAAAUCUGACCUCAUUCAACAUCAGAGAGUUCACACUGGAGAAAGGCCUUAUGAAUGCAAUGAAUGUGGGAAAUCAUUUAGCCGCAAAUCUAACCUCCUUAGACACCGGAGAGUGCAUACUGGAGAAAACCCUUAAUUGUGCUGGUUAUGUUUUAUUUCUUCAUUCAGUGUACAACACUAAAGGAGACUGUGUGUGAGAGACAUUUUCCUUAAUUUAAACAUCUUUUAUCUCAACAUAAACUUUGUGAGAUUCCUCCUAAGUCUGAGGUACAUGCAAGACUUUAGGAGGAUGCAUUGUAUGGUUUCACCUGUCCAGCGCUACUGCCGUAUUUAUGUCACCGCCAGCUUCUGUGGCCGAGGGCAUUCACCUCUACUACCUGGCCCAUCUGCACGAUGUAGGUCAGUCAUCACCCAGAGUACGCAGAGAAGCUAGCCUCUUCUGUUUUCCCAUUUGCCUGAGGAAACUGUGAAUAGCCUGAGCGCUUAGGGAGAGCCUCAUUCCUUUCUCUCUGACUUUAAGGAGCGGACCUGACCCAGUUUUGGUCCAGAGGACCCAUCCUCACCUUGCUAAGAAGGACCUAUUUCUUUUCAGGAACGCUGUUCUUACAUUAUGCUUGUGAUGAAUUCUUCCCGGUUCUAAUUCACCAGCAUGGGAACUGCUUGCUACACAUUGGGUUGGUUUAUGUUCUUUUGGUCAAGGUCUUUGUUUCUGCACCUUUGAUUUUGGUGGUUGUAUUCACUGUGUGAGGUGAUUUGAAAGCAGAAUUGUGAUCUAUCAGCAGGUAGAGACCAGCAAAUUUUGUGGGGAUCCCAUACUUCCUGUGUUUCAGGAAGGACGGUAUGAUGGUGGAAAAUAGCAGUUGUCCAAUAUUGGUCUAGUUUGCAUUGGUGCCCAGUGCUCUGAAAGAAAGACUGCAGGACUUUGUGGUGCUUAGCAACUUGGUGCCGAGAUUUGGGGGGAGGUCAGGGGUCACCCGAAAGAGGAGACCUUUGUGGUAACAACCUCCCUGUGCUUCUUUGAACAACAUAAAUUAUAUUCUCUUGUUUGCUGUAUAUAUCACAUAAUUCCCACCAAUAUUCAGGGGACUUCUUCCCCAGGUCCUGCAAAGGAGCCAUGUGCCACGAUGUACAAAAUUUCAGUGUCAUUUGCUGUAAGACUAGAAAUACAGGUGGAAUUGUAAUUGGAACAAAAACAUGGAUUCAUAGGGCAUAAAGGAGACUGCAGUAAAUUAGAUGGAAUGUGCCUUACCUAAAAGUUCAUUUCUAAACAUUCUAGAACUGUGACUUAUAUGAUUGAUGUGUACAGAAAUUCUCAGGACCUCCAUAACUAUUUCUUGUAGCCAAGGUCAUUGAUGAACUAAAUAUUCUAAAGGUUUUGUGGAUUCUCACAGCCUCUCUGGGCUGUUCAACAGGUCAUUGCUCUAGAGUCAGGAAAACAAGGAUAGAGAGAAGGCUGAGCCUACUGUCCAAGGAUGUGUCUUUCAUGACCCAGCCAUCAUUCUUGUAGAUUCAGGUGGGAGCAGUCUUCAUGCUGCCAAUAUUUGCUACCACUGAGGGAAGGCUGCCCCUCCCCGGGCAUGAGGGUACAGAUGGUGGAGUCCAUAUAGGGUUGCCAACCUAAUUUCCUAAAAAAGGAUAUCUGGGCUUGUAUUUUGGACCACUUCUUAAAGCUCUGUUAAGGUAUAAUCUGUAUAGUUGGCACUCAAAAAAAUACACUUAUCUAAUGUUAUCAAUUUGGUAAACUCUGACAUAUGUAUAAAGUAAUG